UCAUUGUCCAAGAAGAUUCUUGUUGGUGGAAGAGGGGUAAACGUAGUUGAGAAGCAUAAGGGGCUGUUUUAGGCCCUUAGAAUGAGCUUAGUUUGAGAUAUAGUUUGCUUAGUAUGUCUUUUAUGUGAUUUUGGAGCAGUUUGAGGUGAAUAUGAGUGAAAUUGUUGUGUAGGAUUCUAUGAGUUUUCAGGGAAGGAAGAUUAAACCAAUGACUGGCGAUUUGAUGGUUAAAAUAAAAGAUUUUAAAUGUUGUAAAUGAGACAAAGAGCUUGAAGAUCAAGACGAUAAGUACUACUGUCUCAGGUCUUGAUCUCAUUUCAUUUGCGAAGACUGAUUCAAGGAGAUAAUUAAGGUUGAAUACUCUGUUAAUGAAUUUGCAAGUUGACCUAAAUGCUCUAGAAUAAUCCAUGAAGACGAAAUUGAGGUUAUAUUAGGUGAUGAGUUUGAAGAAAUUCUGUCUGAAAUUCAAAGCAAUUCUGAUGACCAGAAAGAAGGUUUUGUCCAUUGCAGAUGUGGAGAAGAAAUAAAGAUUGUAAAGCAUAAGACAAAAUAUGAUGCAAGUGAUGAUCAAGGAAAGAUUAUAUCUCCUGAGGCAGCUGAGCACCUCGCCAUGUACAAGACCAAGUGCAAAGCUUGUAAGGACGACUUUUGUGCCAAAUGCAUGGUGACCCCCUAUCACUUCGGAUUCACUUGUCCACAACACAGAGAACACGUGGAGUCGGACAAGUGAAGAUACUGAAGAGUGGCCAUCAAGAAGAAGAGGAAGAGAGGCAUUCUCCAAUUCGUCUGAAGCAACUUAGAAUGAAGGAAGAUAGCCAAGCAAGCUUGCCCAGAAGUCCUGGAAUGAGGGCAUAUUUGCAAUGGAACUCGCAAAGAGAAAGAAUGCCUUCCUUGCUUAGAGCCAGAAUGAGUUAAAGAAGAUGAGUCUAAAACUCUCUGUGAAUCCAAAGAUUCCAACUGUAUGAUCUGCUUCAGCGAUACACUCGGCUCUCAGCCUUGUGUUCAGCUAGAAUGCAAGCACAUCUUCCACAUAGACUGCAUGAUCACAAAAAUGGAGAUGAAGUGGUUCGGGCCAAGGAUCCACUUUGCAUACAAGAAGUGUCCUGCUUGUAAGGCUGAUAUUCAAGGGAGUUCCAACAAGAAGCUCCAGAGACUCCUAGAUGAAGCCAACGAACUUGAAGCACAAGUCAGGGCAAAGGCAGUCGAGCGAGGAAAGCUUGAGGGUCUUGACAAAGACGAAAGGCUCAGAGAUGAGCAAGACGAUUACUUUGAGAACUACGAAGAGUACUGCCUUGACCGAUUGGCUUACUACAUUUGAUUUAGGUGCCAACAUAUUUACUACGGAGGAAUGCGAGAAUGUGGAAAUGCCCUUGAAAACCCUGAAGAUUACAAGCCUGAAGAUUAUGUAUGUGGGGAGUGAAGAAUGGAAGACUUUGCUGGAAAAGCCAAUUGCGACAUCCACGGGAGUGAGUUUAUUGAAUGGAAAUGUAGAUACUGCUGUAAUUAUUCAAGAUGGUUUUGCGGUGGAAACACUCACUUCUGUGAGCCAUGUCAUUCAACUGGUAAUCGAAACACUAAAAAAUGUCCAGGCCCUCCAGAAUGUAAAAUUCUAAUGGAGCAUCCAUGUAAUGGUACUGAAUAUGCAAUGGGCUGUGGCAUGUGUCGCCAUAAUAAUCUUCGAAGUAACUAAUCCUUCUUUCUAUCA